GGCCGGGCCCCGCGCGCUCCAUGGCGGCCGCCACCGGCCCCGACGAGGCGGACGAGGCGGUGCGGGGCACCUGCGAGGACGCGUCCGUCUGCAAACGGUUUGCUGUGAGCGUUGGCUACUGGAAGGACCCUUACAUCCAGCAUUUUGUGAGACAAGCCAAAGAGAGGAAGGCACCUGAGAUCAACAGAGGUUAUUAUGCUCGAGUGCACGGGGUCAGUUACCUGAUCAAGGCUUUCCUGCAGAAGACACAAUGCAACUCUCAGAUUGUCAACCUCGGGGCUGGCAUGGACACCCUGUUCUGGAGGCUGAAGGAUGAAAAUCUCCUCCCUAGGAAAUAUUUUGAAGUGGAUUUCCCAAUGAUUGUUGCAAGAAAAAUACACAAUAUCAAAUCAAAACCUCCCCUGUCAAAACCAAUUAUGGAAUCCCAUUCAGGGGACUCUCUUCUAAUAGAUUCCCACAGCCUGGACUCCAGUCGAUAUUCCAUAGUAGGGGCAGACCUCCGUUCCUCCUCAGACCUGGAGGAGAAGCUGAGGAAACACAGCUUGGAUACACAUUUGCCAACGCUGCUGGUGGCCGAGUGUGUGCUGGUUUACAUGACCCCCCAGCAGUCUGCCAGCCUGCUCAAGUGGGCAGCAAGCACCUUCCCCGUGGCCAUGGUUAUCAAUUAUGAGCAGGUGAACAUGAGGGAUCGCUUCGGGCAGAUCAUGAUCGAGAACCUGCAGCGCCGGCACUGCACCCUGGCUGGGGUGGAGCUCUGCAGCUCCCUGGACUCCCAGAGGGAACGGCUGCUGGGGAGUGGCUGGGACAAUGCCCAUGCCGUGGACAUGAUGAAGGUGUACAGCUUCCUGCCACAGGCUGAUGUCAGAAGAAUAGAAGCCCUUGAAUUCCUGGAUGAAAAGGAGCUGUUUGAGCAGCUGAUGCAGCACUACUGCAUCUGCUGGGCUUCCAAGGACAGCAGCAACCUGGGUCUGGCAAACAUUGACUUCUGAGGGCAGCAGGGAGGGAGCCCUGGGGGCUCAGGGCUCAGGAUGGACAUGCACAGGAUGGGAUUGCACGUGCCAGCCCCGGGCUGAGCCUGGCACACUCCUGGUGCUGCUGCUGGGGACGGGCUGGAGCUCUGGGUGCACCCAAGGAGCACUGAACAUUGAACAUUGCAUCCAAGGAGCAUUGAACAUUGAACACUGCACC